CCCUCACCAAACCUUGAAACAUUUUAAUGCUGGCAAAGUAUAUAUAUACUAUGCCUCAUCCCUUUGAUUGCAUAUAUCUGAGAACCUCAACCACCCUCUUUCAUCUUAUUCAUUAAAACUUUCCAAGUCUCAAUCUUCAUCCUUUUGAUCGAAAUUAACAUGAAGCAUCAAAGCAUAGUGUUUCUUCCGAAUUUGCUAAUACUAGUAACCAUCCUACUCCAUUCAACAACAUGGAUUAGUGCACAGGAAGUUGAGGAUGAGAGUGAGUUUGAUUACAUAAAAGGGAGUGAGAAGGGUCCCUCACACUGGGGGGAACUGAAGAAGGAAUGGGAAACAUGUAAAAGUGGCACAAUGCAAUCUCCAAUUGAUUUGUCAAGCCACAGAGUGAGAGUGGUACCAAAGUUAGGGGAACUAAAGAAGUACUAUAAGCCACAGAAUGCCACUGUCAAGAACAGAGGCCAUGAUAUUGAGGUGAAAUGGGAGGGAGAUGCGGGAUCAAUAAACAUCAACGGCACUGAAUAUUUUCUGCAUCAAGGGCACUGGCACUCACCCUCAGAACAUACCAUCAAUGGCAGAAGGUAUGAUUUGGAGCUCCACUUGGUUCAUGAAAGCAAAAGCACAAACGGAAAAGGCAAAAUUGCAGUUGUUGGAGUUCUGUUUAAGAUUGGUCGGCCCGAUCCUGUUCUCAGCAAGUUGUCAAAAUUCAUAAAAUCCAUGGUGGAUGAAGAAGGAGAAAAUAGCAUUGGGGUGAUGCAUCCCUCAGAAAUUAAACUCGGUGGCAAGAACUACUACAGAUACUUAGGUUCCCUCACUGUUCCCCCUUGCACUGAAGGUGUCAUUUGGACUAUCAAUAAAAGGAUAAGAAGUGUGUCAAGGGCACAAGUGAAGUUACUCAGAGAGGCUGUCCACGAUCAUGCAGAGAGGAAUUCCAGACCUGUACAACCACUGAAUCGACGAGAGAUACAACUCUAUGGCCCAAAACGGAAGGAGCAAAAUUAAUUAAUCACAUAAUUUAUUUUUCUUUCCAACAAUAUUUAUUUGUCUAUUCAAAAUUCUUUGAUUACUCGUGGUUCCUAUAGUCCUAUCAUGUUUCUAGUAUACCACUAGGGUUCGUCCAUGACGAGGGAUUUUGAUAGAUUGUAUCAAGUUCUAAAUUCUAUUUUCAAUGAAUUAUUAAAAUAAAAAAUCAUGUUUCUAGCA